AUGUUUUUGGACUACGAUGGUACUUUAACGCCAAUUGUGAAAAAGCCUGAAAGGGCCUUUAUGUCCGAGCAGACGCGUAAUGCUGUUAGAGAACUUGCGAUGACUUUCUCGACUUCAAUCGUCACCGGAAGGAGCUGUGACAAGGCAAAAGGGUUCAUACAGCUCGACGAACUGCACUAUGUAGGGAGCCAUGGGCAGGACAUCCAACUGAAUGACGGAACAGAUCCCUUCCAACCUAACAGCGAGUAUUUACCGGUAAUAGCUGAGGCCACAGAGCGUCUGAAAGAGGCUGUCAGAGAGAUCAAAGGUGCCAGUGUGGAAAACAAUAAGUUCUGCGUUUCUGUGCACUACCGGGAAGUUCGCAGGGAAAAGGAUAAGGACUUACUUAAGAACAUCGUGAUGAGAACUGUAACAGAAGAAUUUCCUGAUCUCAAGGUGACCAACGGUAAAAAGGUUCGAGAGGUUCGUCCAGGGGCGAAAUUCGACAAGGGAGACGCUGUCAAGUAUCUCCUCCAGCAGCUCACCAACAAACAUAGCUGGGACAGCUCUCGGAUCUUACCAAUCUAUAUUGGUGAUGAUAAGACCGAUGAAGACGCUUUUAAGGUGCUUUCUGAGGAGGGUGGAUUUGGGAUCCGCGUCUGCAAGUGGCGCAAGAGGACUGCAGCUGAGUACUCUCUAAAGAACCCCAGUGAGGUGAAAGAGUUCCUAGAGAAGCUGGUGCGCUGGAGGAGAGAACAGGACCAAGUUUGA